CUCGAAAGUAUGACACAAGCGGACAGCAAAUAUUGAUCGCUGGCCACAGUCCAGCCAGCCAACAAUGGUUCAGCAAUUAAUCAUGGUUUGUUUGCGCCUCAAAAGAGACCCUGGUAGUGGCUGGCAUGAUAGAACAAUGACAUAGUGCAGACGUCCCAGUUGCGGCGGAUCGUGGUUCUGCCUGUCCCGCCAAUGGUAGUUGCAAGGCAUCGUUCCCAUGCGAAAAGAGCACUGAAUAACAGGCUUGUUAACCGCUAGAUUCCCUGGGAUACACUUGACGGCCCCGUUGACGCAUGCAGCCUGGCCACAGCCACCCUGUCGAUUUGCUCAUCACGACGACAGCCUUCCCAGAGUCUAAUUGGGGUGGAAGUGCAGGGAACCGUAACUCUAUUUUGCGUGAGGUAACUGUCCACGGUCGGUCGUCAUGGCUGAGGCCGGAACCGCCCGGAAGCAAAGGUCUGGAGUAUAAGAGGAUAACUUGAUGCCAGCACAGCGACGAGGUAAG